AGAAGAUGGCGGUAAUGCAGCACCAAGGAUGCAAGCUGCCUUUAAAACCCAAAUAAAACGAAGAAGAAAUAUUUGACACGCAGCGCCAUCUGACACAUGAGUCCUGAUUGAUUAGAUUUGCGGUAAACGCAUUUAAUCGUAGAUUAUGACAAAUUCACCACAUGGAGAAGACUGUGGCUUUACCUCGCUAAAACCGAAAAGAAACUGGUCUCAGUAUGUCUUGUGAAUGUAUCUCUGUAUGUGUCCGGUUAGAUGUCACUGAAUUUCUCAAAUCAUGAACUGGGUCUCCCCAUAACCGAUGCCCAGGUGAGCGAGAUGGAGUCUCACUUUGAGGACAUUGAUUUCGUCAUGGCUGCAGAGGAGGAGUGGAAGUUGAGGCAUGAUGUCAUGGCUCACGUGCACACGUUUGCUCACUGCUGUCCCAGCGCUGCUCCCAUCAUGCACUUGGGCGCCACUUCCUGUUAUGUGGGAGACAAUACGGAGGAUCUCAUUGCCCAAGUCCUUCCUCACAGCGGACAUCAUCCUCAGCACUCUGCAGAACAUCACUGAAGGGCUGGUGGUGUAUCCUAAGGUGAUCUGAUUGGUCCAUCAUGUGGGCGUGGGCAUUACUUCCUGUCUUUCUGGCAGUGUUUGGGAUUAUUGGGAUGUGGGCUGUGUUUGCCAUAGCAGUGUUCAAUAACACUGUUAAUAUAACUGAAGAAGUCCCUUUCAUCAGCACAUGUGGCUCAUAUAACCCCCAGAGCUGCCUGUUUUCUCAGAUCUGCAACAUAUGCAGUGUGUUGGCUUUGUGGAUUGUCAUAAUUAGAUUUCAGCAGGUCCGUGAUUUGGGCUCUGGGUCUCAUUUAAACACAGCCGGUUUGGUGCUUGGCUUCAUCUCUAGCAUUGGGAUUUCCAUUCUAGGAAACUUCCAGCAAUCCAUAGUGAUGGGGGCUCAUCUGCUUGGAGUGUUCUUAACCUUCUUCCUGGGUUUGGCUUAUUUCUGGGUCCAGGCGUGGCUUUCGUACCACAGCCUGCUGUCACAUGACCGCAAGUGGGUGGUGCCAGUGCGCGUCAUCCUCUGCAGCCUGUGUACUUGUUUGAUCAUCUGCAUUUUUGUUCUCUAUAACACAGGGUUUCGCUCUGAAGCUGCCAUAUGUGAGUGGGCUUUGGUCAUGUGUUUUUUUGCAUUCUUUGCGAUUUUUGCAGCAGAGUUCAGACACAUUGACUGCCACAAGCUCACUGUACAGAACAAUGAAAGGAAAAGCACCAGUUAUGCUAAUGGUGUGUGGGCAAUACAGGAGAUUCACUGAGGAGCAGCUGGCAAGUUGUGGCUGUGUGGUAAUUGGACAGAUACGUACAACAAACAGAUACAUUGAACAAACUCACCAUUCAGAGUGGACAAAAUGAACUAUAACCUGCACAACUCUGAUAAAUGCACAAAAACACACAUAACAUAAAACACUGUUCAAAUCCACAUAUUACAAUAUAAAUUAUAUGUUGCAGAAAUGCUACCCUGAAUUCAUGAGCAUAUUGAUGACUUGUCAGUCAUCUCUCCUAAUUCUCGACCUGAGAUCAGUCAAAUAAAAAUGUAGUUUUUUGUUAUUUUAUUGAACUGAAAGUCAGCUUAAAGGGGUCCUAUUAUGAUAUUU